CGGGUUAAAAAGAAAAGAAAAACCGUACAUGAAAGGAGACACCUCCUCCGACGGUGUAGUUGUUGUGUUCAUUUCUUCAAGCAAAACCCCAAUCCCAACCAUUUCUAAAUUUAAUUAUCAUUAUUAUUGUUGCUUCAGAUCUCUCCUUCUUCUCUACUACCACCAGUAGUUAGGGUUUCAUUAUCCUCUUUCUCUCUCUCUCUCUACACUUCCUUUAAUACAGUUACUCAGAUUUAUACCACUGCCUCUUGCUCGAUCCAAUCAUCGAUGCGCUUAUGCAUCGUCACUUGAUUUGAUUUGAAUUCGAAUCUCUGUUACUGCUCUGUGCUUCUGCCAUUGCCGAUUUCUCAAUUUUAAUCUGGUUUUCUGCAACGAAAAUGGUGGUUUCUGGACCGUUAACACCUGGACAGGUGUCCUUUUUGCUUGCAGUCAUCCCUAUUUUUGUUGCUUGGAUAUAUUCUGAAUGGUUGGAAUACAAAAGAACCUCAUGGGCAUCUAAAGUUCAUUCAGACAAUAAUUUGGUCGAACUGGAAACCAAAAAGGAGGAAGAUGACCGAGCUGUUUUACUGGAAGGAGGCCUCACAAAAUCACCAUCGAUGAAACAACCUGCCGCUUCCAUUAAAGCUAACUUAAUUAGAUUUGUGACUAUGGAGGAUUCAUUUUUGCUCGAGAAUCGAGCAACCUUGAGAGCAAUGUCAGAAUUUGGUGGAAUUUUGUUCUAUUUCUACAUAUGUGAUCGCACCAGUUUGAUUGUUGAAUCUACAAAGAGCUACAAUCGCGAUCUUUUCCUGUUCCUAUACGCUCUUCUUAUAAUAGUUUCAGCAAUGACUUCUCUUAAAAAACAUAGUGACAAGUCAGCAUUCUCUGGAAAAUCGAUACUCUACCUCAAUCGACAUCAAACAGAAGAGUGGAAAGGAUGGAUGCAGGUUCUCUUUUUGAUGUAUCAUUACUUUGCUGCUACGGAGAUAUAUAAUGCUAUCCGUGUGUUUAUCGCUGCAUAUGUCUGGAUGACUGGUUUCGGAAACUUCUCAUACUAUUACAUCCGCAAGGAUUUCAGCGUUGCACGCUUUGCUCAGAUGAUGUGGAGGCUAAACUUUUUUGUGGCGUUUUGUUGUGUUGUCCUUAACAAUGAUUAUAUGCUUUACUACAUCUGUCCAAUGCACACGCUUUUUACUCUUAUGGUGUAUGGAGCACUUGUUAUUGGCAGCAAGUAUAAUGAGAUAAGAUCGGUGAUGAUUACAAAGCUUCUCGUAUGCUUUCUUGUGGUUAUCUUGGUUUGGGAGAUUCCCGGAGUUUUUGAAUUCGUUUGGAGCCCAUUGACAUUCUUAUUAGGGUAUACGGAUCCCGCCAAACCAGAUCUCCCUCGAUUGCACGAGUGGCAUUUCAGAUCUGGGCUUGAUCGAUAUGUAUGGAUUAUUGGAAUGAUAUAUGCGUAUCUUCAUCCUAAUGUUGAAAAAUGGAUGGAAAAACUUGAGGAGUCAGACAGUAAACGGAGACGUUCUGUUAAAGCAUCCAUCGUUUCAGUAUCUCUUUUGGCUGGAUAUAUGUGGUAUGAAUACAUAUACAAGUUGGACAAGGUUACAUACAACAAAUAUCAUCCCUACACAUCAUGGAUACCUAUAACCGUGUAUAUAUGCUUGCGGAAUUUCACUCAAGAACUUAGGAAUUAUUCAUUAACCCUCUUUGCGUGGCUCGGUAAAAUCACUUUGGAAACAUACAUUUCACAGUUCCAUAUCUGGCUAAGAUCGGAUAUCCCCAAUGGACAGCCGAAGUGGCUUUUGUCUUUUAUUCCAGAUUACCCUUUGCUGAAUUUCAUGCUUACGACUGCGAUUUAUGUUUUGAUAUCCUGUCGGAUCUUUGAACUAACCAACACACUGAAGACGGUUUUUAUACCCACUAAAAACGAUCGCCAACUUCUCAGUAAUUUUGUUGCUGGAGCAGCAAUUUCCGUGUGUUUAUACCUAGUUGCUUCUAUUAUUGUUCAGAUUCCUCAGUAACCGCCGGCAUCAAAGGUUGUUACAUGUUGGAACUGAACUGACACGAAACAUACAUACAUACACACAUAUACAUACAUAGAUCAAGGUGUAUACGUCUUCAUUUUCAACAACUUACAAUGCAAAGUGCACCUUUUGUUGUAGUUUUGUAACAUGUUUUGAUCUCACCCCCAAUUCGAAUUGGAACAUGUACACUAUGUGAUGUACAUUCAUGGACACCCGCUUUGAAAUUCAAAUGCAGUCAUUUUCUUGUGUA